AUGGGUGCGUAUCUGUUAAUCAUAGCUGGCAUUGACCUCUAUUACCGUGACAAUUACGUCAUGUUCGAGUCAGAAUGGCGUCACAGCACACUUUGCUCGGUUGCUGGUUUCCUAGCAACAUGGUCGAGUGAAACGUCAGCAAUGUUUGUGCUCCUCAUCACAAUAGAAAGGUAUUUGGCCGUAAGGUUCCCAUUUGGGACAUAUAGGAUACCACGUGAUCUGAAAUAUUUCUUACUUAUUUUAUCCUGGACAGUAGGCUUUGUGCUGUCUAUAUUGCCUCUUGUCUAUCAAAACUGGGGCAUCUACUCUUCUAAUGGUAUGUGUCUUGGUUUACCGAUGAAAAACCACUCAGAAAACGGACUAAGGUACUCUUUCGGUGCUUUUUUAGUUCUUCCUGGUAUUUUGUUAGUUCUUAUGACCAUUGGGCAGCUUGCCAUAUUUCGUAACAUUUCUGGAGAUAAAAUGAACGACGUUAUUAACACCCAAAACGCCACUAAACGAAAACGUGAGAUCACGGUUGCCAAAAAUUUAUCUUUGGUCGUCAUGUCAAAUUUACUUUGCUGGUUUCCUCUGUUCGUCUUUGGAUUAAUGGCCACCAACGGUCACGAUCUGAGCCAUGAACUUUAUAGCUGGCUGGUAGUAUUUGUGCUGCCACUUAACUCGGCCAUUAAUCCUGUUCUCUACACACUCCCUGUUGUCUACAAGCGCUGGGAAGAUUUUAAGAAUGGACAUGCAGUAAAAAGUACACGUUCUUCUACACCAUCAGCGUGA